CUUUCCUGUUUGAAACAACUUUUCGGUAGACUUUCGAUCCAACCAAACCCGUUUUUGUUUGAACAUGUGUUUUAGUUGGUUUAUUAAAUGCUUUUAUGAGUGUUUUCGAUAAUUUAAUGCUAUACAUAGGCUGGCCAUGUGCAUUCAUCUCUCCAUGCUUUUGUCCUCAACUCCUGAUACUAUAUGUUAUCAACCUCGGUGUUAAAAGCCACCUACUCUCUAUAGUCUCCACCUCCAUCUCAAUUCGAAGAAGCAUAGCCAUGGUGAAGUACCUAGGGAACCCGCAUUCCCUUUUCAUAAUAACCUUCAUAGCUUUUGUUGUCCCUUGCUUUUGUGAUCCCACUGACAUCAUUUCGUCUUGCUUAAUCCGGCACAAUGUUUAUAACUUCACGUUAUUGCCUCACAACGGAAGCCAGUCUCCAGAUUACUAUAGGCUCCUCAACUUUUCCCUUCAGAAUCUGCGGUAUGCUGUCCCCACUGCUCCAAAACCAGUUGCUAUUGCUAUACCACAGAGUCUAAAGCAACUAGUGAACAGUAUGCGGUGUUGUAGGGAAGGAUGGUAUGAGUUUAGAGUAAGGUGCGGUGGACACAGCUAUGAAGGGAUUUCUUCGGUUGUUCCGGAUGGAAAUCCAUUUGUUAUCAUUGAUAUGAUGAGUCUAAACCAGGUUUCGGUUGAUGUAAGGUGCGGUGGACACAGCUAUGAAGGGAUUUCUUCGGUUGUUCCGGAUGGAAAUCCAUUUGUUAUCAUUGAUAUGAUGAGUCUAAACCAGGUUUCGGUUGAUGUGGAGUCUGAAACAGCAUGGGUUGAAGGGGGAGCAACACUUGGUGAGACGUACUAUGCAGUUGCAGAGGCGAGCAAUGUGCAUGGAUUCUCAGCCGGGUCAUGCCCAACUGUUGGUGUUGGCGGCCACAUUGCGGGGGGUGGAUUCGGGCUGUUGUCGAGAAAAUAUGGUCUUGCAGCUGACAAUGUGGUGGAUGCGCUUCUCAUUGAUGCAGACGGACGCGUACUAGACCGGAAAGCCAUGGGAGAAGAUGUGUUCUGGGCGAUUCGAGGAGGAGGGGGCGGUGAUUGGGGGAUUGUCUAUGCAUGGAAGAUCAAGUUGUUGAAAGUACCUGAAACUGUAACAUCCUGUAUAAUGUCGAGAACUAGGACCAAGCUCCAUGUAGCUGAGCUAGUCCACAAGUGGCAAUUCAUCGCACCCAGGUUAGAACCUUCAUUUUAUCUCUCAGUUUUUGUUGGUGCUGGUUUACAGGGAGUUGAUGAAGAAACUGGGGUAUCAGCUUCAUUCAAAGGGUUCUAUCUGGGUUCAAGGAACGAAGCCAUGUCAAUCCUGAACCGGGUUUUCCCAGAGCUGGGAGUUGAGAAAGAAGAUUGCAGAGAAAUGAGUUGGAUUGAAUCCAUCCUCUACUUCAGUGGCUUGCCUAAUGGAAGCUCCAUCUCUGAGCUGAGAAACCGAUACCUGGAAGACAAACUAUACUUCAAGGCUAAAUCAGACUACGUGAGGACCCCAAUUUCCAUGGAAGGCCUGGUGACGGCCUUGGACAUUCUUGAGAUGGAGCCGAAAGGGUCCGUUGUCUUGGACCCAUAUGGAGGAGAAAUGGAGAAGAUAAGCAGUGAUGCCCUACCUUUUCCUCACAGAAAAGGCAACCUGUUCUCAAUUCAGUAUAUGGUGGCCUGGGAAGAAGACAGCACUGCUAUGAGCAACAAGUACAUAGAUUGGAUAAGAGGAUUCUACAAGUGGAUGAUGCCGUAUGUUUCACAGGGUCCAAGGGCUGCUUAUGUUAACUACAUGGACCUUGAUUUAGGACAGAUGAAUAGCAGCAUUUCAUCUAAUGAUCCUGUGGAGGCUGCCAGGGAUUGGGGUGAGAAGUAUUUCUUGAACAACUAUGAUAGGUUGGUGAAAGUGAAGACAUGCAUUGAUCCGGACAAUGUGUUCAAUAAUCAACAGGGCAUUCCUCCAAUGCCCACAGCCAGGUUAAAUAAUAGAAGUGAGGGGCUCGGAGUAAGCGAAAGAUGCAUGGUUGUAAGUUACUGAUUUACAUAUUAUUAAAAACUUGUGUGUAUGUGCUAUAUAUAAACAUCUUGUAAUCACAGAAAGUAGUGCUAUAGGGAUAUUCUUCUGGUUUCCCAAUGGACCUUUGUUUUUAUAUGAAUUGAG